UUUUUUGUGUGUGUAUUGCAGGUUCUUACCUUCUACACCCAGGUUCUGAAUGAAGAGGAGCGCCACAGACUUUGCCAAAACUGAAGGGAGCCCAGCUCUUCAUCCAGAAGUGCAUGAUUACCCGCCUGAGAUUGUUCCAUUGAAGGGAAGGUGUGAUGGGCAGUUUGAACAGCCUGGACAGCCUGGACAGCCUGGACAGCCUGGAGGACCUACAAUGGUUCAGUACACCACUGUGAACAUAAACACUGAGCCCCCCAAGGACCACAUCAUCUGGUCUCUCUGCUGCUUUGUCUACUUAAACCCCUUCUGCCUCGGACUGGCAGCUCUCAUCUUCUCCAUCAAGGCCAGGGACCGGAAGGUGGUUGGAGAUCUGGAUGGUGCCCGACAUUACGGCUCAACUGCCCGCUGUCUCAACAUCACGGCCACUGUCCUGGUUUCCAUCAUGAUCUUGAUUUCCAUUAUUAUAUUGACCGUCUUUAUUAUAGUGGCACAUUACCACUAAAUUUCAGUAGUGUUAAAUGAGUGACCUGUUGGUGUUGCUUGGUGAUCCUUGUGUUUGUCUGUUUUAUGCUCAUGGCACAAUUUGUAACUUGUUAUACCUGUUUAGUACAAUCCCCAAGCAAAACAGAUUCACAUUUUAUUGGUGUUCCAAAAGUCUUAAAUGGAACUACUUCUCAACUGCAAUCAAGUUUUAAUAUCAGACUUUUCCUGUAUGUGAGACUUGUGUCUUAGCAAUUGUUUCAGCCGCACAGUUUCAUUUGUCAAUAAAUGAAAGUUUAAAUUUUA